AUGCCCCUUUCAGACCUCCACCAGACCUCCACGCUGGUCAUCUGCAUGCCGCCCCCCUGCCCUGGCUCCAUCUGUACCAGUCCUGUCUCAAUCUGCACCACUCCCGUGGGCGCUGCUGCAAGACAGCCCCGAUCUCUCAAAAUUCCUCCACACAAGGGCAGCCGUCUCCCUUCCAACAUACCUUUGCGCACCAUCCAGCCGCGCCAGAACGACGACGCUUCCCAUCACGACCAUCGCCACCACCCGCCGUCCCGACUCUCAUCUUCCGCCGAUACCCGCCCCGUCGCCGGCCACAACCGCCCCGCGUCCUCCGACUCCGAGUCGUCCUGGACCGACACCGGCGACAUUGGCGAUCGCUACGACGACCUCCACGACCCCGUCCGGCUCCAGCUCCCCGACGACAUCGAGGCUGAGCUCCUCGCCGCCGUCCCCAAGCACCGUCAACGUCCCGAUCGCGGCUCUAAAAAGGUCCGCAUCCGCACGCCCUCGCCCCCCAGUCGACAUCGCUCCUCAUCCAGCCAUUACCACCAUAUCGACAAGGACGCGAUCCGCAUCCCCAACCCGCCACCACGACGUCCCACUCGUGCCGAACGCUGCAUCGGCUCCAUUAUGGCAGGCCGAACCGGUGGCCUUCACGGCCUAACAGGCAAGCCCCUCUUGUAUUUUACUAGCAUUUUCGUCUCACUUGGCGUAUUCCUUUUUGGCUAUGACCAAGGUGUCAUGUCCGGCAUCAUCACCGGACCGUACUUUAUCGACUACUUUGGACACCCCUCAAAAGCAGCCGUUGGAACCAUGGUUGCCAUUUUAGAGAUUGGUGCCUUUGUAUCCUCCUUGAUUGUCGGCCGCCUCGGUGAUGUCAUUGGCCGCAGACAAACUAUCCUUUAUGGCUCCUGCAUCUUCUUCGUUGGCGGUGCUCUCCAAACUCUAGCUACCACCAUGGCCAUGAUGAUGCUCGGUCGUAUUAUUGCCGGUUUUGGUGUUGGCAUGCUCUCCACCAUUGUACCCGUCUAUCAAUCCGAAAUCUCGCCCCCACACAACCGAGGCAAGCUCGCCUGCAUAGAAUUCUCCGGCAAUGUGAUCGGCUACACCACCUCCGUCUGGGUUGAUUAUGGCUGUGGUUUCAUCAAGAAUAACUUGUCAUGGCGUAUCCCCUUGCUCAUGCAGUGUGUCAUGGGUGCCUUGCUCGCUCUCGGUAGUCUAAUCAUCGUGGAGUCUCCCAGAUGGCUCCUAGAUACCGAUCAAGACGAAGAAGGCAUGGUUGUUAUUGCCAAUCUGUACGGUGCUGGCGAUGUUCACAACCCCAAGGCCCGCGACGAAUACAAAGAAAUUAAAAUGUCCGUCUUGUUGCAACGCCAAGAGGGCGAGCGCACCUAUGCCGACAUGUUUCGACGAUACCGUACUCGCGUACUUAUUGCCAUGUCCGCGCAAGCUCUCGCGCAGCUCAAUGGCAUCAAUGUCAUUUCAUACUACGCACCCUAUGUGUUUGAAUCGGCUGGGUGGGUCGGUCACGAUGCUAUCCUCAUGACAGGUCUCAACGGCAUCACCUACUUUCUCUCGACCGUUCCUCCUUGGUAUUUGGUUGACCGAUGGGGUCGCCGCCCAAUCCUACUCUCUGGUGCCGUCAUGAUGACUAUUUCUCUCUCGCUCAUUUCCUACUUUAUCUUCUUGGACGUCAAGCGCACCCCUCAGAUGGUCGUUUUGUUUGUCAUGAUCUACAACGCCGCUUUCGGCUACUCGUGGGGUCCGAUUCCCUGGCUGUAUCCUCCCGAGAUUCUUCCUCUCAGUAUUCGAUCAAAAGGUGCCAGUCUAUCUACCGCUACCAACUGGGCAUUCAACUGGCUGGUUGGUGAGAUGACUCCUAUAUUGCAAGAAUGGAUCAAGUGGCGCUUAUACCUUAUUCACGCACUCUUUUGCGUCAUCAGUUUUGUCGUUGUCUACUUUACAUACCCAGAGACUUGCGGAGUUCGCCUUGAAGAAAUGGAUUCCAUCUUUGGGGACGCUAGUACCGUCCAUGGCGCCUCUUCUGUUCAAGACGAGUCGGCUUCUCUGAUGCGCGCUGGCUCUCCAUUCAGUGGCGCAGACCUGCCCACAUUGGUCAUUGACGAGGAUGAUGACGAAAACAUAAAAUCACAGAUGCAAACUAGCGGUGGCGAGGACCGCAGUGUUGGCGCCUGGCUCAACAGAGUAGUACGCGGCCGUUCAGAAAGCCGUGGCAGCGGCCGUAGUGGUCUCAGCAGUCAUGGACGCUAUACACCAAUUGGACAGCAAGACAACAGCGCUAGAAGCGGUAGCGGAAACAGGAACUAG